AAGUAAAAGCCACAUAAUCCAACUCUAAACACAUGAAAAUACGUCAUGGAGAUAUGUUUGUACGAAUGAAAUAUACCUGGUAAUCAUCAACGUCGUGGUCUUUGUGUCUUACAAAACUAAUAAAUGAGUACAGAAACAAAAGAGGCUAGGAUGCUAAUUAAAUGAGUUGGUACAUUGACUUGGUAUAUAGUUUAAACAACCGUAUAGAUGUGGCUCAUAGAGAAACAAAUUUAGAGAGACAAAGAGAAGGUGGAAGAUGAAGAAGGUGCAGAGUCUGGUCUUGGUGGCUAUUUUCUUCUACAUCGCAUAUACGGAGCCGGUCAAUGGGCAACCUCGCAAGGAUUGCCAAACUAGAUGUGGAAAUGUCACAGUUGAGUACCCUUUUGGCACUUCUCCUGGUUGUUACUAUGCCGGCGAUCCCAAUUUCCAUCUCACCUGUAAAGAGACAGGGAAGCUAUUAUUUGGUGGGAUUGAUGUCAUCAACAUUUCUCACAGUGGGGAGCUGCGCGUCAUGGAUAAGAUUUCCUAUGCUUGCUAUGAUAAGCAAGGAGAUUUGAGUGUUAAGUCUUCCUAUUCCUACACGCUGGGUAGUUUAUCUCUCUCCCAAAAAAACAAGUUUAAUGUAGUAGGCUGUAACGCUUUAGCACUUCUGACCACUAUUGGACAGCAAAAUUACUCAACUGGAUGCGUGUCAACAUGUAACUCUCCAUCGACAGUAAAUGGAGGAGACUGUAAUGGUGCAGGUUGCUGCAGGACAGAUGUCUCUGUUCCGUCUGACAGCUAUGAUUCAUUCGAAAUUUACCCAUCUCGUUUGGAGAACAUGACUUCUGUGCAUGAUUUUAAUCCUUGCACAUAUGCCUUUCUGGCCGAAAUUGGUACUUUUCACUUCGAAGGUGUGGGAGAUCUUAAGAAUCUACGGAAUGUAACCGACUUCCCUCUCGUACUGGACUGGUCUAUUGGAAACCAGAAUUGCGAGCAAGUUGGAAACAGAAGCAUAUGCGGUAUGAAGAACAGCACAUGUUUCAAUUCUACACGUGGAACCGGGUAUAACUGCAAAUGUUUAGAUGGUUAUGAAGGGAAUCCUUACCUUUCAAACAAACAUGGUUGCCAAGACGUCAAUGAGUGUACUACUAAUAGUACUAUCAAUAAACAUAACUGCUCGGAUCCCAGCACCUGUAGAAACAAGGUCGGAGGCUUUUAUUGUAAGUGCCAGUCUGGUUACCGCUUGGAUACAACCACUAUGAGUUGCAAGCAUAAAGACUAUGAAUGGGCUACCAUUCUUCUUGGAACAACCAUCGGCUUCUUGUCCAUUCUUCUUGUUAGCAGCUGUGUGAAACAGAAAAGGAAGCACCGGAAGAUGACUGAGCUCCAACAAAAAUUCUUCCAACAAAAUGGUGGUGGCAUAUUAGUACGGAGACUCUCACGACCAGGGACAUCAAAUGCUAAUAUACAAAUCUUUACCGAUGAAAGCAUGAAGGAGGCGACAAAUGGGUAUGAAGAAAGCAGAAUCCUGGGCCAGGGAGGCCAAGGAACUGUCUACAAAGGGAUAUUGCCCGACGACUCGGUAAUUGCAAUAAAGAAAGCUCGGCUUGGAGGAGACAGCAGCCAAGUAGAGCAGUUCAUCAACGAAGUGCUUGUGCUUUCACAAAUCAACCAUCGAAACGUGGUCAAACUCUUAGGCUGCUGUCUAGAGACUGAAGUUCCCUUGCUUAUCUAUGAGUUCAUUAACAGUGGCACCCUUUCCGAUCACUUGCAUGGUUUCUUGUUUGGUCCUUCCCUUACAUGGGAACAACGCCUGAGGAUAGCCGUGGAAAUAGCUGGAACUCUUGCAUAUCUUCACUCUUCUGCUUCUAUUCCAAUCAUCCACCGAGAUGUCAAGACUGCUAAUAUUCUCUUGGAUGAAAACUUAACUGCAAAGGUAGCUGACUUUGGUGCUUCGAGACUAAUACCAAUGGAUAAAGAGCAGCUCACAACAAUGGUACAAGGCACUCCAGGCUACUUAGACCCCGAAUACUACAACACAGGGUUGUUGAAUGAAAAGAGUGAUGUUUAUAGCUUCGGAGUAGUUCUCAUGGAACUUCUCACAGGCCAAAAGGCAUUGUGCUUCGAAAGGCCACUGCAGCCAAAACAUCUGGUGAGUUACAUUGUUUCUGCCAUGAAGGAGAACAGGUUGCACGAGGUUAUUGACAAGAAAGUAAUCGACGAGGAUAACUGGAAGGAGAUCGAGGAAGCUGCCAGAGUUGCUAUGGAGUGUACAAGAGUGACGGGAGAGGAAAGGCCACUGAUGACGGAGGUAGCUGCAAAGCUUGAGGGCUUGAGAGUCACAAAAAACAAACAUCAGUGGUCGGAUCAGUACCCUGGGCAGACUGAGCACUUGGUCGGUGUUCAUAUCAUAUCGGCGCAAGGGGGUAGUAGUACCAUUGGCUAUGAUAGCAUCAAGAAUGUAUCAAGGUUACACACAUCGAAGCUGGAUGCUGAUAUUUAUUAGUCAAAACUCUAUCAAAAUCACAUCGAAGUCUAGUAGGUGAGGGCUGUCCUAUCUAUCUGCUGUCAGACUUUGUCAUCUGACGCAUUCAAGAUUCGUCUUGUUUUCGCUGUCAUCUUCCUUUGAAAAAUUAUCCCUUUUAUCUUAUGUUGUUGUAGUUUAUGAUUUCUACUAAAGAGGAUCCCUCUAUCUUUUGUAUUCGAAUAAGUUGAAGUUGUAAUGAAAUUAAGUGGUAU